ACAUGCAUUGUAUCUUAUAUAUAUACACAAAAUUAAUAUAAGUUCAAACAUCAGUGGAAAUUGAUUCACAUUAAAGCUGUAAAAAUGCAAGGAUUUCAUUUAUUUCUUUCUUUGAUGUGUUAUACGGCGGUCACUAUUGCUUCCAAUACUUUGACGGAUUGGGAUUUUAAUAUGAAGCGUUUUGAAUAUAAUACUUCGAAUCCUGAAAUUGCUGAUUUUCAUUUACGCAUAGUACGUACAAAAUCUAACGAAUAUGCUUUUAAUGGGUCUUUCAUUCUUGGUGUCGAUAUUGAUGAUACGGUUUCGGUAUGGGUUAAACUGUAUCGAAGUGAAACGGGAAGUAGUCAAUAUCGACAGACAGCAUAUUCAAUUGCUCCAACAACUUUUUACAAAUUCAUGACAAAUAUCUAUGUGAAAAUGAUGCAAAACGAUCUUUCUAAAUGUACAAAUAUUCCUGUAUAUAAAAAAGAAUUCAAUGCACCCUUAAAAAAAGGAAUAUACUAUGCAAAUAUGUGUGUUUUGGGUAAUAAAAAUAUGCCAACACAUCUACAACCGGGACACUACAGAAUUACUGCUGAACUGUCAUCACAAGUAUUGAAUGCAAAUCUAUUUAUGUCGGGAUACGUUGAGAUAUUUGCAAAAGCAUUUGCAUAGAAUUUUGUGUUUUGAAAAAUUUUAUUUAAUGAUAAUAAAAUAAUUUUGAGUUGUUUCA